AUGUUGUGGAAAUUAGCCGACAACGUGAAGUAUGAGGAUGACUGCGAGGAAAGACACGAUGGCAGCAGCAACGGGAACCCGCGGCUGCCUCACCUGCCGGCAGUCAGCCAGCACCUCUACAGCCCGUCCCCGGCCCUCUCCCACUCGGCCAGCUCGGACUUCCAGCCCCCCUACUUCCCCCCACCCUACCAGCCCAUCAACUACCCGCAGUCCGGAGACCCGUACUCCCACCUGGGCGACCCCUUCAACAUCAACUCCCUGCACCAGUCGCCGGCGUCGAACCAGCAGCAGUGGCCCGGCCGCCAGGGCCAGGACGGGCUGGGCUCGCACGCACGGAGCGGCCUGGCGAGUCAGAUCCUGGGCCUGGACGGAGGCUCCUCCGGGGGGAGGAGGGAAGGGUUCCGCCGGCCGGAGCUGCUCCCCCCGCACGCACACAGCCUCGAGUCGUCGGGGAUCGGGGACAGCAUGGGCAUGCAUGACAUGGGCCACGGACUGGAGGAUGUUCAACAUGUAGAUGACCACAGUAUUAUAAUGGCCGAUCAGACAGUCAUCAAGAAAGUAUUAGGACUACGAGGUGGCAGGAACCUUGAUCGCUUACAGAGGACUUAUUAUCAGGGGGGCGUUCUUGCGGGUGAGGAUGAAGGUCCCAUCACUCUGCCCAAAGGAAAUGCGCUGGGUCUUCCCUUCCAGAAAGAGUCCCUGCUGGGCAUGGUGUCAAAUCCCACCGAGGUGUUCUGCUCCGUCCCGGGCCGCCUCUCCCUGCUGAGCUCCACUUCCAAGUACAAGGUCACCGUGGCCGAGGUCCAGAGACGCCUGUCACCCCCCGAGUGUCUCAACGCAUCGCUGCUGGGAGGCGUUUUACGCAGAGCCAAGUCAAAAAAUGGCGGGCGUUCCCUGAGAGAAAAGCUGGAUAAAAUUGGGCUGAACCUGCCGGCAGGAAGGAGGAAGGCCGCCAACGUCACCCUGCUUACCUCACUCGUAGAAGGUGAAGCUGUUCAUUUAGCGAGAGACUUCGGUUACGUGUGUGAGACGGAGUUCCCUGCGAAGGCGAUCGCUGAAUACCUCGGCCGGCCGCACGUAGAACGCAACGAGGUCAACUCUCGGAAGAACAUGCUCCUCGCUGCCAAGCAAAUCUGCAAGGAGUUCACCGACCUGCUCACUCAGGAUCGAUCGCCUCUGGGGAACUCUCGGCCGGCUCCCAUCAUGGAGCAGGGAAUCCAAGGCUGCCUGACCCACUUCAGCCUCAUCACUCACGGCUUCGGCUCUCCGGCCAUCUGCGCCGCCAUGACCUCGCUGCAGAACUACCUGAACGAGGCGCUCAAACAAGUGGACAAGAUGUACCUGAGCUCAGGCAACGACACCCAGGGAUCCUCAGACAGUGGAAGCAAAUCUGCCGACAAAAUGGACAAGCACAGGAAAUGA